AAAUAUGCACGAAAUAUAACGAUCACGAAACCAGAAAAUACAGCAAGUAACAACUUCAAGAUAUCAUCCGAAGAUGGCUGAGCAUCAGGGGGUUCAGAUUCCGCGAGUGAAACUCGGAACUCAGGGUCUUGAGGUUUCGAAGUUGGGUUUUGGCUGCAUGGGACUCACGGGCUUUUACGAUGAUCCUGUCCCGGAGGAAGUCGGCAUUUCAAUCAUCACCGACGCCUUCGCCAAGGGGAUAACAUUCUUCGACACGUCAGAUAUAUAUGGACCCAAAAUCAAUGAGAUUCUUGUUGGAAAGGCAUUGAAGAAGUUGCCCCGGGAGGAGGUGCAGCUAGCCACCAAAUUCGGUGCUGUGAAAAUUGAAGUGAACAAUCUCGUGAUCAAGGGGACGCCAGAAUAUGCCCGUUCAUGUUGUGAGUCAAGCCUCGAGCGCCUUGGUGUUGAAUAUAUUGACCUCUAUUAUGUGCAUCGAAUUGACACAUCAACCCCGAUAGAGGAAACUAUGGGAGAACUGAAGAAGUUGGUGGAAGAAGGAAAAGUCAAGUAUAUCGGCCUGUCGGAAGCUAGCCCUGACACCAUACGGAGAGCGCACGCAGUUCAUCCCAUCACGGCCUUACAGAUGGAGUGGUCGCUCUGGACUCGCGAAAUCGAGCAAGAAAUUGUCCCGCUCUGCAGGGAGCUCGGAAUUGGCAUCGUUCCGUAUAGCCCUCUCGGUCGUGGGUUCUUCGGGGGCAAGGGAGUCACAGAAACUGUGCCUGCAAAUAGUUUUAUGGGAAUGACAUUUCCUAGGUUUCAAGCAGGGAAUAUGGACAAAAACAGGGUUGUUUAUGCUCGAAUGGAGAAGUUAGCGAAAAAGCACAACUGCACCCCUAUACAGCUUGCCCUCGCAUGGGUUCUCCAUCAAGGAGGUGAUGUUGUCCCUAUACCUGGAACAACGAAAAUCAAGAAUCUCGAUGUCAACAUUGGUUCCUUGAGAGUGAAGCUUACAGAGGAAGACGUGAAAGAGAUCUCAGAUGCUGUGCCAAUUGAUGACAUUGCCGGCGACAGAGUCAGUGAGCACUUUGUCCGCUGCUUGUGGAAGUACGCGAACACGCCCCCGAGAGAUGGGAAACCGUCGGCUAACUAGACUUCUCUUGAGUGUGGUGAUGAAGCAAUGUUGGGCUCUCUGCUCUCUUUUGCUCCGUGAAACUGCUGCCAGAAAAUAAAACUCAGAAUAGCUUGAAUAAGAAUAAAACCAAAUUAGGCAAUUCUAAGUCAUUGGCUUCUUUUGUACUCAUGAAGCAUUUGUUCGCUGGUUGUUCUUCUCUAAUACAAUAAGGUGCCAGAUAUCAAAAUGUCAUAUUCAUUCUACUGAACUGACAAUGAACUCAAAACCGCCUGGACGAAGUUGUC